UUCUCAAUAAGAACAUUAACAAAAUAGAAAGUCUUCAACAAAAGGCCUGGAUUGUACAUUGAAUGCAAGAAUAAAAAUUAAACAAACCUUACAAAAACAAUAAACUAUUAUAUGAAUAAUCUUCAAAGCUUUCCCUUUAGCGCAAGCUAGCUACUUAGUUUGAAAUUUAAUUGAAUAAUUUUUCCAAAAAACAAACUGCAACCUUACGUUUUCUCUUAAAAUCUCCAUUAUUUCAUCUGUGGCAAAGGUGGGAAAUGCCUUUUUUCCUUUCGGAAGCAAAGCCAUGAAGCCAAAAGUGUGGGAACUUUUUUCUGAAUUGUUGCAUGUUUCUUCUGAAUCCGAAAGAUUUGGCAUGUGGGUGCUCCAGUGACUGUGUAUAAAAUGGAGUUUUGGGUAUGGUAUGGCCAUCUCAAACUCUGUGAAGAAGAAGUACUUCCUCCUUUGUGUUUGGAGGGUUUUGCUUCUUCUUUUCCGAUGGCUUGUUCUGCUUUUCAGCUUCUUGUGCCACUGGCUGUGGUCGUGGCGAUGGCGGUGAUGGUGGAGGCGACGCCGCCGGGGAUUGCUAACAAUCCGAGCCAUGCAACGUGCAAGAUUAAGAAGUAUAAACAUUGUUAUAAUUUGGUUCAUGUUUGUCCUAAGUUUUGCCCUGAUCAAUGUACUGUUGAAUGUGCCUCUUGUAAGCCUAUAUGUGGUGGUGAUGCCAAUACUCCUCCGGAGGAUGAUCCCACUCCGGCCACCCCCUCGCCGCCAUCUCCUCCUUCUGAGACUUAUUACUCGCCCCCACCUCCGUCAACACCUCCGGUGAACCCCAACCCUCCGACAACACCUCCAGCAAAUCCCAACCCUCCAUCAACCCCUCCAGCGAGUCCCUACCCACCGGCGGAACCCAACCCUCCAGCAACACCUCCAGCAAAUCCCAAUUCUCCACCAACGCCCCCGGUGAAUCCCAACCCCCCAACAAACCCUACUCCUUCAAUGCCUCCGGCAAGUCCAAACCCCCCGUCAACGCCACCUGCGAAUCCCAGCCCUCCAUCAACGCCACCAGCGAAUCCCAACCCUCCAUCAACGCCACCAGCGAAUCCCAACCCUCCCGCAACGCCUCCCGUGAAACCUUACCCUCCUCCUUCAAUGCCUCCGGCAAGUCCCAACCCUCCUUCAACCCCUCCGGCAAGUCCCAACCCUCCUUCGACGCCUCCGACGAGUCCCAACCCACCUUCGACGCCUCCGACGAGUCCCAACCCACCUUCGACGCCUCCGACGAGUCCCAACCCGCCUUCGACGCCUCCGGCGAGUCCCAACCCUCAUCCAACCCCUCCAACAAAUCCCUACCCACCGGCAGAACCCAACCCUCCAGCAACGCCCUCGGUGAAUCCAAACCCUCCAUCAACGCCUCCAACGAGUCCAAACCCUCCGUCAACACCUCCGGUGAAUCCCAACCCUCCGUCAACACCACCAACGAAUCCCAGCCCUCCGGAAAUACCUCCCGUGAAACCUUACCCUCCUCCUUCAACACCUCCAGCGAGUCCCAACCCUCCUUCAACACCUCCGACGAGUCCCAACCCAUCACCAUCCACUCCAAAUUCUCCAUCACUGUCGCCUCCUCCACAGACGCCAUCAGAAACUCCUAGCUCCCCAAGUACUAACACUCCUCCCCAGCCGCAGCCUUCUCCACCACCAUCUCAGCCAGCUUCCCCACCACGAUCAGCUCCUCCUGGUAAUGCUGGGGAACCAACAGCUUCAUCUCCACCAUCUUCUUCGGCCGGUGCAGCAAAAAAGAAAGUCAGAUGCAAAAAUGUGAAUUAUCCUCAAUGUUAUAACAUGGUUCACACUUGUCCCAGCGCCUGCCCUGCUGGAUGUGAAGUCGAUUGCGUUACUUGCAAACCUGUCUGCCAUUGUGACAGACCAGGAGCAGUAUGUCAAGACCCACGUUUCAUCGGCGGCGACGGCAUCACCUUCUACUUCCACGGCAAGAAAGAUCGAGAUUUCUGCCUGGUUUCAGAUUCCAACCUCCACAUCAACGCCCAUCUGAUCGGAAAACGAAACCCCAACUUAAAAAGAGACUUCACAUGGGUCCAAUCCCUCGGAAUCCUCAUCGACGGUCACCAGAUCUUCAUCGGAGCCCAAAAAACCGCCGCCUGGGACGAUUCUGUUGACCGCCUCGCCGUCGCCGUGAACGGCCAGCCGGUGGCCCUCCCUGAAUCCGGAGGCAGCCAGUGGCAGUACCCCGACGAAAAUCCGACCAUCUCCGUCGUCCGGCUGGCUCCGGCGAACCAGGUGAUGGUGGAAGCGAAGGGGAUUUUCAGAAUCACGGCCAAGGUGGUUCCGAUAACGGAACAGGAUUCGCGGAUUCACAACUAUGGAAUAACGAAAGAGGAUUCGUUUGCCCACUUGGAUUUGGGGUUCAAAUUUUUCUCGCUGAGCGAUGAAGUGAGCGGCGUGUUAGGGCAAACGUACGGCCCUGAGUAUGUGAGUCGCGUAAAUCUGAAGGCGGCAAUGCCGGUGAUGGGGAGGGAGAAGGAGUUCGAAACGUCGAGCCUGUUCGCGGCGGACUGCGCGGUGGCAAGAUUUGGCGCCAGCGGUGGCAGCGGCUAUGAGGCGGCGGCGGCUUGAAGUUUUUGCUUUGCGGAGGUUGAUUACUUGAAAUCGGAAAGGGAAUUUUUCUGUUUGUAAAGAAUAAAGG